GAUUCAAACUGGCGGUGUCUCCAGAGCGAGAAUUCAUGGCCGACGAAGCCGGGGCGAGAAUUGUCGCCUGAAAGCUACGAGCGGCCGCCGACUCGUUCUCCCGAACUCCGGUGAGCGGAGCGUUUUGCGGGCCAAAAACGGGAAUGAAGAAAUUAAAAACUCCUGCCUGAGUGAUCAUGAGCUUUUCAACACCACAGUCUACUGGCUCCAGAGGCAGUGCCUCUUCCGGCAGUGUGUUUAUAUCUCCUGGCACCAAGCGACAGCCGCUUAGUGGCUCUGGCACCCCAGUGCUGCAGAACUGCCCGCAGAACGACGAUGAACGGGAGAGGAAACAGCGGAGACGCUCCAGAGUGUUCGAUCUACAGUUUAGCACUGAGUCGCCUCUGUCCAUACAGUCUCCCACUAGCAAGCAAGCAGAAACAUCGCUGCCAGCAAUCCCACAAUUGUCCAAUGCUCAGAUUGCAGAUCAUUACUCCACAUGCAUCAAGCUGUCAACAGAAAAUAAAAUCACCACAAAGAAUGUAUUCGGCUUACACCUCAUUGACUAUAUGACUGAAAUACUCAAGCAGAAAGAUUCCGAACUCACCAACUUCAAGGUAGCAGCUGGUACCCUUGAUGCCAGCGCAAAGAUCUAUGCAGUGAGAGUGGACGCUGUCCAUGCAGAUGUUUAUCGCGUCCUUGGAGGGCUGGGCAGAGAUGCUGCACCUGCAGAGACUGAGAAUAACCAGGAUACAGGUGGCGAAAAGGAAGACUUGGACCAUUCUAAGAAGCGUCCGAUUAAGAGGAAGCAUCUGUACAAAACCAUCGAGCAAAAUUUGAAUAACAUCAAUGUCUCCGAGACGGAGCGCAAAUGCGAGAGUGAUCCCAUGUUCCAAAAAACGGCCUCGUCCUUCGAUGAAUGCAGUACGGCUGGGGUGUUCCUUACCACGCUCCACACGCACAGCUACCUCAGUGAAGUCCUGUUCGAUUCCACGGUCGUCCCUCUGCCGUCUUCUUCUGGGACUUCUGAGAUACCAAGUUCUUCUCCUGUGAAAGUGACCGAUUUAAAAUCCACCCUUCUACGUUGCGUUGAAAAGUCCGCCAUCUGCCCUUCGUUGUCCGGCUUUCUGUUUACUCAGUGGAACAGCGAAACCCACAACGAGUCAGUCUCUGCUCUACUGGAAAAAUUCAAGAAAAGUGAGCAGGCGUUUGAUAUCAACGCAGAGACGGGUAACGAGUCUUUUGAAGACAGAAUGGAAGAUGAUUUUGACGCUGACGUUCUGGACAAGACGAUGGCAAGAGAUCUUGGUGAAUCCUCCGAAAAGCUGGAAGGAUGCCGAAUAGCACCGGAACGUUCAAGAGAAAACCAGGUUUCCGUGAGAGAAGGGGAUAUUGGGUCCAUGUGUCUACAGCUGUCUAUGAACCCCAGCGAGUAUUCUUACUUCAGCCCCCGAAUUAUGUCCAUGUGGGCAGGCCCAGAACACUGGCGCUUUAAACCACGCCAUAAAGGUGAUGCCAACGCUGAGAGAGUCAGUAAAAGGAAAACAAUUAAGAAAGUCUUUGAGAUCAAUUUUGACGAGGAGAUUGACUUUGAACUUCACUUCCGCAAAACCCGGGCAGCUACGGUUCUGUCCAAGUCCACCCUCCAAAGCCAAAGCAAGAAAAGCAACACCCUCCCAACAGACUUCCAUUAUGAUCCAGACAACCUCACGCGGCUGUUCCUCAAGCCGCAAAUCAGGCUCUCGAACCUGCUGCCUCAGGGCCGCUCACCCAGUCACCACGACGACGACGACGAAGUCAGAGAAUAUGAUUACAACAAUCCCAAUGAUACCUCCAAUUUCUGUCCCGCGGUGCAGGAGGGCGACAGCGAUGAUGACAACGAGCCUGUGAAGUUCAUAGGUCAGGGAGGGAUGUUUGAAAUGACAGCCUAUCCUACGGGUGGAGAUGACCACGAUGGAGAACUUGAUGAUGGAAAGGUCAAAGGAUUCAACAUCUCCACUUAUGGUGAAGCCAACAUGGUAGCUGAGCCUCAAAAGGUGAACAAAAUAGACAUUCAAUAUGCAAAAACAGCCAAAAAGAUGGACAUGAAGAGGCUGAAGCAGAGCAUGUGGCGCCUCUUGACAGACGUCCCCAAAAAUCAGACCGAGGAAGAGAGUGAAGGCACCCAGAAAAAGGUCAACUCUUCAUCCAUCUCGAGCCCGAAGGUCUUCAGUAGCAUCACCAAGGACCUACUUCAGAGCCUUCCUUCCGUGAUGGCGAAAAACCUGUCGGUCCCAUUGGCGUUUGCCUGCCUCUUGCAUCUGGCUAAUGAAAAGAACCUGAAACUACAAGGGGUGCAAGAUUUAUCUGAAGUCUUAGUGCUACAAGAAGAUUAACCUGUGCUACCCGACACUCUUCAGCCUCCGAAGAGGGAAAUUUAUCUUGCCUUUUUGAGACUUUUCCCCAGCGCAUCAAAGCGAAGGGCAAGGAGCCUCCGCCUAAGUCUGUCGGUUCUCCCUGGGAUCAAACAGCGUAUGAUUUGCAUUAAGAUUUCGGCAGUCAAAUCUGCUUGUCUUUUAAAAGGAAACCUGGGAGGUUUUUUUUUAACUCCUCCUUAAUUUUGCCCCCAUUCCCCACGAU